AUGUCAGAAUACUUUUCUAAAUUAGUAUUGAUUUAUUCUUAACUUUUAGUUUAGAGCAUCCAGUCCUAAGGCCAAUAUGCGUCAUGCCUAAAGUAUGUAAACAAUCAAUUGUACGAGUUAGGAAAAUAAAUCCCUAAAGAUUUUGCUUAAUAAAUCCUUUAAAAUGACAUUAUAUUGGUUUUAAGUGAAUACACUAACGAUGAUGCACUUAGAAAUCUAAUUAAUUUGUAUAUGGUAAAUUACUUUCAUAUUUAUAUUUAGUUAGGAGUUGAACACUUUAAGGAAAUACAAGAUUAAUCAUACAAAUAUUUUCAAAUUCAAUUGAAUAAAUUAAUACUUAAUCCAGUUGUCACUCAAACUCCAAUCCCUCCCUAAUAGAAGCCUCAAGAAUCACCUAAAAUUCAGAAAAAAAAUCUACCUCUUCCAAAAAUAGAUGUUAAUAUUCAGCAAAAUCAAGAAAUUUAGGAUUAAUAAUAUUCAAAGACUGCUGUUGUUAUGCGAGAUAUUUAAGCAUCCACAUUUAAUUUUAAUGAGGAUUCCAUUACUGAAACUAUCAAUUAGAAAAUUAAUAAUAAACAUAAUAAUAAUAAUACAUCAAGUGUUGAUUUAGAUCAUGAAUUAUUGCAAAAUGAUAUACAAAAUAGAGUUUAAUCAUAAUAAGAUGAAAGAAAAGAAAAUAUGACUUUAGACCUAAAAUAAUAGCUAUUUUUAUUUGAUGAAAAUAAAGAAGCAAGUGAUCUUAUUGAUUAAUACAAAAGUGAUUAAUAAAAAAUUGAAAAAAUUAAAAAUGAUUAAAUAAGCAAAUAAACUACAGCUUUCCUUAUGAAAUUAUCACAAAGAAAUAAUAAAAGAAAAAUGAAUACUUAAAUAGUUACAAAUAUUAAUAGGUAUAACUCAUAACCAACUUUGCAGAAUUAAAAUGGAUAUAAUUCUGAAUAACGUCCUAUAGAAGAGUAAAUUAUACCUGAAGAUAAAAAUGAGUCAAGUUCUAAAAUCACCUCAAGUGACAAAAAUACUAAAAAAUUUUAAUUUGAUGAAUUAUAGGAUAGUUGA